GAAGACAUGCGGAAAGCUCGAAGUGAACGGAAGAAAGGGGGUGUGUCGUUUCGUGGAAUUCCUUUGAGCUUAUCGGAACGAGUAAUUUGUUUAUCUCGAGUGGCGCGCGAGAUAAAAAGGCAGAAAGACAUUUAAUAUUCCGGCACUCAAAGAUGUAAUAACGCUCGUCAUCAUUAGCAUGAUUACGUGACAUGACGCCACCGUGCGGCCCGGAGAAGGGAGGAAGGAAGACGGGGUGGGGCGCUACAGUACCACUUCGCGCUGUUGGUCUCUCCAGUCCACAGAGAGCUGAUCAGAGCUGAUGGUGGCGGUCGGUGUAACUCGGCACGAGUCGGACCGGAUCGGUUUUCCGCGAAAUUUCUUUUCGUCUAUCAAAUUUUCAAAGGCGCACCAGUAGUCCUGUCGUGUACGCGUCGUAGCUGAGGAUGGGUCUACUCUCCGAAGGAAGUCCCCUGAGCUGGGAAGAAACGAAGAAACUGUCCGAUCACGUGCGCAAACAUGGAGUUAUACAAUUUAUUAACCUGUAUAAGAGACUCAGAGACAGGCAAGGGGACGUCCUCAAGUGGGGCGACGAGGUGGAAUAUAUGCUUAUAAAAUUUGACGAUGAAGUAAAAACUGCGAAACUUAGUUUGAGAGGUGCAGAAAUAUUAAAAACCCUAAAUGAGAAAGAAAAUGAAGACCCGGAUAAUGUAAAAUCACUUUGGAGACCAGAAUAUGGUGCUUACAUGCUUGAAGGAACUCCAGGAAAGCCAUAUGGAGGAUUAUUAGCUCAUUUCAAUGUUGUUGAAGCUAACAUGCGCUAUCGUAGGCAAGAGGCAACAAAAUUGCUUCAGUCAAAUGAAGUUUUAAUGUCACUAACAGUUUUCCCAAGAAUAGGAGCUCCAGAUUUUACCGAUCCCCCCACUCAUCCGACACCUAGUGCUGGUGCUUCUAGGAGCUUGUUUUUUCCCGACGAAGCUAUAUUCCCCGGUCACCCACGAUUUAAGACACUGACCAGGAAUAUAAGAGAACGUCGUCGCGAAAAAGUAGCCAUAAACAUUCCUAUUUACAGAGAUGAAAACGUACCGCUGUUAUUCAAAGAAGACCUUAUCAGCAAAGGAGACGACGGCUCGUCUUCUAAAGCAGCUCAGGAUAAUCACAUUUACAUGGACGCGAUGGGUUUCGGGAUGGGGUGCUGUUGCUUGCAACUCACCUUUCAGGCGUGUAACAUACAGGAAGCCAGAACAUUGUACGACCAGCUGACACCUCUAUGUCCGAUCAUGUUGGCUCUAACCGCGGCCAGUCCAUUUUAUCGGGGGUAUAUAAGCGACGUCGACUGUCGAUGGAACGUCAUAUCUUCUUCAGUGGAUUGCAGAACACGGGAAGAGCGUGGCUUGAUACCUCUGAAAGAGAAUAAAUUUAGAAUCAGUAAGUCCAGGUAUGACUCUAUCGAUUCGUACCUCAGUGAGCAAGGUGAAAAGUAUAACGACGUUCCUCUGACAUACGAUAAUGAGAUAUACAAGCAACUUCUGGACAAUGGGAUUGAUAAGUUGCUUGCGCAACACAUAGCUCAUUUGUUCAUCAGGGAUAGCGUUUCCUUGUUCUCCGAAAAAAUACAUCAAAAUGACUUAGAGGAUACGGAUCACUUCGAGAACAUACAAUCCACCAAUUGGCAAACCAUGCGCUUCAAACCGCCACCGCCGAAUUCUUCUAUCGGCUGGCGCGUCGAGUUCCGUCCAUGCGAAGUGCAGAUCACGGACUUCGAAAAUGCCGCGAUAGUUUGCUUCACGGUGCUGUUGACAAGAGUUAUCCUGAGCUACAAGCUGAAUCUUCUGAUCCCCAUUAGCAAGGUCGAUCAAAAUAUGGCCAGGGCGCAGAAGAGGGACGCGGUUAAAGCGGAGAAGUUCUGGUUCCGUCGCGAUAUCACUUCGGAUUCUAAGAAGCCCGAUGACGCCCAAGCGGAAUACACUGAAUUUACAAUCAACGAGAUCAUUAACGGAAAGGAUGGUGGUUUUCCCGGCUUAGUGCCGCUAGUAAAUUCCUAUCUUGCUAACAUGGAUGUAGAUGCUGAUACGCACUGCACUAUUCAAAGAUACUUCAAACUGAUACAAAAACGAGCCUCCGGGGAGGUUUUAACAACUGCCGCUUGGCUCAGGAAAGAAGUCAUUUCGCAUCCCGAAUACAAACACGAUGCGGUAAUAACGCAGCGCAUCAAUUAUGACCUUCUGAAAAAGAUCCAAGACAUCGUUUCCAACGAGGUGGAGUGUCCAGAGUUGCUCGGGCACUGUAUAUCAUCUAAAACCACCGAGACUAUACCCGCCGCGGUUGCAAAGGCAGAAAACUGUUCAACGGCAAGUUUUUAACGACGACGAGUUUAAGCAUUUGAGGUAAAUCGGAGAAUAUCUGUUUUAUAACAUUAUUGUGCAUAUUUAAUAGCGUUAGCUCGCGUGAUUAAAUAAGUACGUUUCUGUGUUUACUGUUUUUUAUUCAUACAAUAUGAAAGAAAUGUGGAUAGUGCAAGAGAAAACUAUAUUUGUAAUUUUAUAUUCCAUUUGUUACACGUGUUAUAUUGCUUUUAUCUACCAAAUAUGAACAUAUGUGAUAGAAGAGAGAGAAAAAUUCCGUGAUUUUCAAGAAAAAAAGAAACAGUAUUGCAAAUAUAUGUGUAUAAAUUUAAUAAAUAUCACUGUAUAAUGAUACAAACCGAUUAAAUCACAUUCCACAGAACUCAAUUUGUGCCCGAUUUGUUUCAAAAUUAUAUAUAUUAGAAGAUAUUGCAUAUAUAUUGAAAAAUUAAGUAACCAAACAAAUGGUAUAUUUAUCAGCAAAUAUAUAAAUAAUAUGCAUGUUCGAGAACUUGUUUUUCUAUUGUUACGGAUUCGACAAUUACCCACUGUUUAAUUUAAAAUUAA